AGAGAGAGAGGGGUUCGGUUUGAAGGAAUUCCGUGGUUCUUACUUUGAACCAAUCCCUCUUUGACGGCUUCAGUGCGUAAGAGUGAGAAGAAUUGGUGGAGUGGAGGGGUUUAAAGCAAGCGUCGGUUGUCCAUUCCUGCCAUCGCGGCGGAGUGGAUCUUUGAUCUUGUAAAAGGUUGAGGUAGCAUAUGCAGAAUUUCUAACUGUUGUGGUUCAUCAGACAAGUAAAAUAUGCGGUGUUCCUGUUUUGGUGCUUUAUUCUCUCGGAAACGACAUCUUAUCGAUUCUGAAAAGAACCUAGAGGGGUUUUCAUCAGAAAACAAUCUAAGUCUUUUUUCUUACAUCGAGCUAAAGUCAGCAACAGAUAAUUUUCAUCCAAGCAACAAGAUAGGUCGGGGUGGUUUUGGAACAGUGUACAAGGGAAUUCUCAGGAAUGGAAUAAUUGUUGCAGUCAAGGUACUUUCUGCAGACUCACGGCAAGGGGUUAGGGAAUUUUUGACUGAGAUUGAUAUUAUAACAAACAUCAAACAUUCAAACCUUGUUGAGCUGAUUGGUUGCUGUGUCGAAGGCAGUAAUCGCAUUUUGGUUUAUGAGUACUUGGAAAACGGAAGUCUUGAUCGUGCAUUACUAGGUUCAAACAGUGAUGCAGGUAGGCUGAACUGGUACAUCAGAUCUGCAAUUUGUAUGAGCAUAGCCAGGGGUCUCAUGUAUCUUCACGAGGAGCUUCAACCACCAGUUGUGCACAGAGACAUAAAAGCUAGCAAUAUUCUCCUUGACAGGAAUUUUCUCCCUAAAAUUGGAGACUUUGGUGUGGCUAAGCUUUUUCCUGAUGAUAUUACUCACAUCAGCACACGUGUAGCUGGAACAACGGGUUAUUUGGCACCUGAGUACGCUUUGAAAGGCCAGCUAACUAAGAAAGCAGACAUAUAUAGUUUCGGAGUCCUUGUUCUUGAAAUAAUCAGUGGCAGAAGUAAUUCCAAAUCAUGGUCAGAAAUGGGGAUACCACUCUUGGAAUGGACAUGGACGCUUCUCGAGGAAGAAAGGCUAACUGAGCUGGUAGAUGCAGCUCUGAAGGAUUAUCCAGAAGACCAAGUUAUAAGAUACAUUAAAGUGGCCCUUUUCUGCACACAAGCAGCAGCAGGCCGGAGGCCAUCCAUGUCCCAAGUUGUGGAGAUGCUGUCCCGGCCGGUGCUAAUUAAUAACCAGGAAAUUACACGGCCUGGCUACAUGGAAGACUCCGGGAAAACUAGCAGAGGUACGAGAGCAACGAAUUCCACUUUCUCCCGGUCAAAGGAUUCAACAAGCGGCGACACGACCACCCCAUUCUCCCUGACUCAUGAUACCGUCACGGAAAUGUCUCCAAGAUGACUGUUUUUUGCACAUAACAAGU